GAGGUAUUACAUGCUUGGGGCGGGGCCACAGCCAAGUCGGGGCGGGGUCAGAACGCUGUGGUUGUCUUAGCUUAACGGUUGGCUGGAGGCUGAGGAGAGGGCGGCCUAGAAUUCGGAGGAGUGACCGUGCUCGCGGGGGCGGGGUUGGACGAAGGAGAUUUAGAACGCGGAGGCGGUCCUCCGAAGGGGGCGGCCCCCUGAGGGGGCGGGCCGAGGGGGUGGGGCCUGUGCGGGCUGUGGUGGCGGCGGGCCGAGUGGGCUGCGGGGAUGCGGGGCACGAGCUGCGUGGGCGGCGGCGGCGGCGGCAGCGGCGAGAGCCCUGGUGGCGCCGGGCUGAGCGAGGGCCCGCGGGGCCGCUGGCUGCGUCUGGCCCCGGUCUGCGCCUACUUCCUCUGCGUCUCGUUGGCUGCCGUGCUGCUCGCUGUCUAUUACGGUCUCAUCUGGGUUCCCACGCGACCCGCUGCAGCCCCCGCCGGCCCGCCGCCCAGCGCGCAGACCUCUCCGUGCGGCGCUCGCGCGGGUGCGCUGCCUGCCCCAGCGCCCGCCGCUGCCUCGGUCUCUUGCCUCCUGGGACCUCCUGGCGGGCCGCGACCCCAGCUCGAGCUGCCGCGCAGCCGCCGCCGCCGCCGCCGCCACAGCGACCCUAGCCGCCGCCCGAGCCGCCAGAUGCCGGGAGAGACGCCGGAGGCCGCGGAGGGGCGAGGACCCGGGUAACCUUCCCUUUCACCCAGGAUGGACCGCCGGCCAGCUCCUCCACCGCGGAUGCGUCUUUCGGGAUUGGGCUCUGGCUCCUCUUCGUGACAUCGCCUAGCGUCUCCGGAGCCAUCAUCCUGAAGAAUGGGGGGCAAAGGGGAGCUGAUUCUGGGCCUCGCCCCUUGCAGCUCCUCCGCUGUCAGGCCGGGUCCUCUUCCAUCUGGCAGACCCCAUCCUGACCUCUUCCUCCUGAUCCUCCCUCAGGAUUCUGAGCACAGAGCCCUCAGCCCGCCCCGCCUCCUCCCUGAAUCUCCGUGUUCAUAUGUCCGCCUGCAAUAAACUCCAGCCCCAACUGC